AUGGCCGAUGACAAGACUUUCCGUUAUGGCUUCAUCAUCUUGGGCUUGUUUCUGUUGGCCGUGGGCAUGUUCAUCAUGACGGCGGACCGGCCGCAGGUUUACAUCACCUUCUGCGUCUUUGGUGGCAUCAUGCUGAUCUCAGGGGUCGUCUGGAGCAUGUGCCAAUGCUACCCCAAGAUCGCCUUCAUCCCAGCUGACACAGAUUUUGAGAGCUUCCUGUCCCCGAAGGCUCUGGGCGCCUCUGAGGAUGGCAUUCCUGAGAAGAAGGGUUCCCAGCCUCCUUACUCUAGACUGGAAGAAGAUGAAGCCUCCAUGCAGAACCCGCCUGACUAUCGUCACAUCCAGAUGAAGGUCUUUGGGUCCGGGGAGGACCAGGGUGUCCUGUCAGCCCUGAGCCUGCCCCAGGCCGAGCUCCAAGCUGGAGGAGAAGGAGGAAGAGAAGGAAGGGGCCCCUACUCAGAGUCUUUCACGGAGGUGACUGUCGUUGUCCACCGGGGCCUGGAUGGGGAGGCUGAGAGCCACCCAAGCCAGCCUGAGGCCAGCCAGACAACCGGACCCCUGGUCACUGCUGCCCCCCUGGCCUCCUUCCAAGAGGACUUGGACUCCAGCGGUGAUGGCGGAAGCAGGAAUCCCUCCCCUCCCGACGGUGAAGAGCCCUGGUCCGGCAAAGCCGACUCUCAAGCCGAUCGCUACCCAGACUUUGCUCUGAUCGAUGCCGCCGGAGGCGACGAGGACUCCCCCAACCUCAGCCCCAGUCCCAGCCCCAAGCCCAGUCAGGCCACUUCUCCAAACUUCUGGCCCGGGCCCAAGCCGGGGACAACGGCUCCCGGGGGUGCAGCUUCUGAAGGAGGCCUUCCUGACUGGGUGGAGACUUCUGAAAUGGGCCCAGAGGAGCCUGAGGAGGAAGAGGAGGAUUUGUACUAUGGACUGAAGGAUGGGCCAGAUGAGGAGCUGUUUGACUUUGAGCCAGAUUCCUAG